AUGCACUUCAUAGAGAUACGGGUGGCAGAAAUACGCACGACGCGGUGCAGUAACAGGUCUGUGCGCUACACUGGAGGCAUCAGCGAGGACUUCACCCCAGCCAGAGAGGGUCGAAAAACCUCCCCUGCUUUCUCUCUUUCUAUCGUUACCUUUGUACGUCUAUUCUCUCUUUCUCUCCACCCCCCACUCUCAGAAGCUACCUUUAUAUGUUUCUUCUUUCUUUCUCUUUUCUAUCAGUUCCUUUCUUUUUCAUUUUCUAUUAUUACCUUUGUAUGUCUCUCCUUUCUCUCGCUCUUUUUUCUCUAUUACUUUCUGUCAUAUUUGAACGUCUCUCUCUCUCUGUCAAAUUCUCCUCUUUUCUGUUUCCCACUCUGUCCCUUUAUAUAUCUGUUCUCUCACCCUUUCAUUCCCACUAGCUUCUCCUUUCUCCCUCUCAUUCACUCUGUUUCCUCUCUGGCUCGUUCUGUCUCCCCCUUACUCUCCCACUGUCUCCUCCUUACUCUCCCACUGUCUCCUCCUUACUCUCCCACUGUCUCCUCCUUACUCUCCUUCUGUCUCCUCCUUAUUCUCAGAUAUAUUGCCAUCCACCCACUUAUUUUGGGGGUGGGGGAGAAUUACCUUUUCUCUCUCCAUUUACUUUUCAACUUUCUUUUUAUCUUCGACAUUUUAGUAAUUGAGAAUCGAAAGAAUGAUUCCUUCUGCAAUUUUUUGUUCUUUCACUGA